CGUAAGAAGCUCUCAUAAAAUUAUUCCAAUACGAUGCGUUUUAUACGGUAUUUUCACCGGUUCAUCCGGUUCUUAUCUUCGAUUUAAAAGCCAAAACCAAACCCUUGAUUUAUUCUUCCCGUCUUUCUCUUCAAUACGUUCUCUUUCAAAUGAUCAAUUUAAGUGAAUUGCGAUCAAGCCGACAAGAAUUAGGGAAUCCAUGGGUAGUGGAUUUGAGCCAGUGCCAAUUAGUUCACAAAAACAUGACCCAGCUUGGAAGCAUUGUGAAAUGUAUAAGGAUGGGGAAAGGGUACAAUUAAAAUGUAUAUAUUGUGCAAAAAUUUUUAGGGGUGGUGGCAUUCAUAGGAUUAAAGAACAUUUAGCUUGUCAAAAGGGUAAUGCAUCUGCUUGUGAUCGGGUUCCGCCCGAUGUUAGGCAAGCUAUGCAAGAAAGUUUAGAGGUUGCAGUGGUUAAGAAGAAGAGGAAACAAAAACUUGUUGAUGAAAUUACUACGACGAGUAUUAAUCCGUCGUGCACUGAGGAAAUUGAUGGUUUUGGUAAUGAUUGUUGUACUAAUUCUGAUGAUCAUUUGAUUGUGAAUCCUAUUGGUAUUGAGCCUAAUCCGACAAUGGUGAUCCCUCGAGAGGAAGGGAGGGUUAUUCGGGUGUCAGGGAAGAGGAAGCGGGGGAGACCUCCUAAGAAUGGAUUGGUUUCGAUGGUUAGUAAUGGUGCUUUGGUUCCUGUUAGUGAUAGUCAUGGUGUGAAUGAGAUGCAGGUUUCAUUGAAGAGGGUGAACUCACAAACUCAAUUAGCUAUAGGACGAUUCUUGUAUGAUAUUGGGGUUCCUUUGGAUUCUGUUAAUUCUGUGUAUUUUCAGCCGAUGCUUGAUGCUAUUGCUUUAGAGGGGACAGGAGUUGUGGGGCCAUCACAUCAUGAUCUUCGAGGUUGGAUUUUGAAGACUGCAGUGAAUGAUGUGAAGUCCGAUAUGGAGUAUUGUGCGAGGACAUGGGGACGCACUGGCUGUUCUAUUUUGGUGGAGGAGUGCAACAUAAGGAAGGAAAAGGAAUUCACAGUCAUAAACUUUCUGGUUUACUGUCCUCAAGGCACAAUGUUCUUGAAAUCAGUUGAUGUGACCAAUAUAAUGGACUCAACUGAAGCUAUGUACGAUUAUAUCAAGGAAGUAGUCGAAGAAGUUGGACCGAAAGAUGUAGUGCAAGUGAUCACACCCAAUGAAGAACGCUAUGCAUCUAUCGGAAAAACACUCACCGACAAUUAUCCUACCUUGUAUUGGGCUCCUUGUGCGGCUCAUUCAAUUAUGCUGAUGCUCGAGGAUUUUGAGAAGUUUGAAUGGAUUAAUGUUGUUUUAGAGCAAUGUAAGUCGAUAACAAGGUUUAUUUACAAUCAUACUAUUGUUCUAAACAUGAUGAGGAGAUAUACGUUUGGCGUAGAUUUAGUGGUGCCCGAUCUUAAUCCUUCAGUUACCAACUUCACAACAGUGAAGCGAAUGAUAGACUUGAAACACAAUUUGCAAGCUCUAGUUACGUCACAGGAGUGGGUCGAUUCCUAUUAUUCUAAGAAGGAAGGAGCAUUGGCUAUAUUGGAUCUUAUAAGUGACCACUCUUUCUGGUCGUCCUGCAACCUGGUUUUGCAUCUAACUAAUCCAAUUUUACGACUUUUAAGCAUCGUUAGAGGUAAGAAGAAACCCGCCAUGGGAUAUGUGUAUGCAGGCUUAUACCGUGCUAAAGAGGCCAUGAAAAGGGAGUUUAGAAAGAAUGCUGAGUAUCUGACUUAUUGGAAUGUUAUUGAUCAGAGGUGGGACCGGCAUCAACAGUUACCCCUUUAUGCGGCUGGUUUUUACCUCAAUCCAACAUUCUUUUACAGCAUUGACGGGGAUUUGCCAGGGACAAUUGUUUCGGGGAUGUUCGAUUGCAUAGAGAGAUUAGUUCCUGAUACCAAAACUCAGGAUAAAAUUAUCAAGGAGCUCAACUUAUAUAAAACAGCUUCUGGGGAUUUUGGACGGCAGAUGUCGAUUCGAGCCAGAGAGAGCCUUCUACCUUCUGAGUGGUGGUCGACAUGUGGAGUUGCCUGCCCAAACCUUUCACAUUUAGCUGUCCACAUUCUUGGUCAGUGUUGCAGUUUAAUACAUUGUAAAACCGAUCUCAUUCCGCUUGAGCAAUUGCACAACACUGUCAACAGUCUAGAACAUCAACGUCUCAGUGAUCAGGUCUUCACUCAGUAUAAUCUACGACUGAGACAAAUGGCUCAGAAGAGCAAAGAACAUGAUAAUACAGACCCGUUAUCAGUGGACAACCAUGCUAGUGUUUCUGAAUGGAUAGCUAGGAAAGAUUUAUGCUCAGAUGACCAUGGAAGUUCCGAUUGGAUGGCAAUCGAGCUGCCUUCCCCUAGCAAAAUGCGUUUAAAAUCUUCAAUGGACGAAGUUGAAGAACUGAGUGAUGGUUUUGACGAUUACGAAAUCUUCGGUGGAGCGAAGGAUGACGAUGAGUCUCUUGCCGACAACAUAGAAGGGUCAUGUUUCUUAUCUGAUCAUGAAUAAUGCCCGUAUGAAUCUAUCUUUGUGGUUGCUAAUAAUGUCGAUGCUACCAACAUUAGAAGAUCGGGCCAUUGGUAUGACACAGAAUUUGUUGAUACAGAGUUCUGGGUACGAUUUUUGCAAUUACACAACUCUAGUCUAGAGGUUGAUUUGGGGGCCCAGCUGCACGGAGUAAAUUUGGCGCUCAGAGUAUUCCUCUGUUAGAGACCGGAAAUCAUGCUUCUCACCAUAGGGCAGUCAUAACUUACAAGUCCCUGGAACAACACUUGACUAGUUUGCGUUCAUGAGAUCGGCUGCUUGUAGUUUUUGAUUUAGUUUUUAGACGAGGAAGGCAUAAUGUACAAGACCGACAAUUUAUAGGAAUGUAAAUAUGUAGAUUAAUGAUUGGAUAUCAAAACGAUCAGUCGAUCAAGUAUUUUGAUCUUCCAUUUACGUACUUUCUUGCAA